UCAAGGCUGGAGGAGGAGCCUCCGAAGACCGGGUGGGCUUGGCAGGACGCAGACCCUGAAUGCUAACAAGGCCACAGUUCACAUUCCUAAGGAUGCACGCGCUCCCUUCAGGUGCCCCCUGACGUCACAGGAAGUUGCAAAAACUCAGCGAAAGUUUGGCGGCAGCGAUGCACGCGCACAUCCAACGUGUACUCUGCACGAGCAGCCUCGGGCGGCAAGCGUGGAAUGUUUGCGGACACCGACGUGGCGAGUUACGCCGGGUUGCGGCGAGGCGAGGCUGCGUGGACGAUGCACGCCAGGCGGAGUACCGCCGAGCUUUCGCCUUCGCCCGGGACCAGCCCGCCCAGUACUGGGCAGAAGCGGGCGAGGACAUCCGCUGGUUCGAACCGUGGAGCAAAACGCUGCAAGUGGAGGACCCUGUGUUCCCACAGUGGUUUGUUGGCGGCAAGCUGAACAUGUGCUACAACGCCGUGGAUCGCCACGUCGAGGGGGGCCGUGGAGGUCAGGCGGCCAUUGUUUACGACAGCCCGGUGACAGGAAGCAAGCGGAGCAUCACCUACGGGGAACUCCAGGAGCAGGUGUCGCGGCUAGCUGGCGUCCUGACGAAGAACGGCGUCCGUAAAGGCGACAUGGUGGUCAUCUACAUGCCCAUGGUGCCCCAGGCCGUGUACGCCAUGUUGGCGUGCGCCCGCAUCGGCGCCCCGCACAGCCUCAUUUUUGGCGGCUUUGCAUCCAGAGAGCUUUCCGUGCGCAUCAAUCACGCCAAGCCUAAAAUGAUCAUCACCGCCACGUUCGGCGUGGAGCCGGGCCGCCGCGUGGCCUACGUCCCCCUGGUGGAGAAGGCGUUGCAGCUGAGCUCCCACCGACCCUCCAGCGUGCUCAUCUACCGCAGAGACGAGACGGAGACGGAGCGAGCGUCCAUAAGCGGGGACCUGGCUCUGGACUGGGACGAGGAAAUGGCCGCCGCUCGGCCCCACGAUUGCGUUCCCGUGGCCUCCAGCCAUCCUCUGUACAUCCUCUACACGUCAGGCACCACCGGAACGCCCAAGGGGGUGGUGAGAGACACCGGGGGGUGUGCCGUGAUGCUCAAGUGGACCAUGUCCAAUGUUUACGGACUCAGGCCCGGGGAGGUUUGGUGGGCGGCGUCAGACCUGGGCUGGGUGGUGGGCCACUCCUACAUCUGCUACGCUCCUCUCCUCCACGGGAACACCACCAUCCUCUACGAGGGCAAGCCCGUUGGGACGCCGGACGCCGGCGCCUUCUUCCGAGUCCUGUCUGAGCACCAAGCGGCCGGCAUGUUCACCGCGCCCACCGCCAUCCGAGCCAUUCGCCAGCAGGACCCCCGGGCCGAGAGCGCGGCCACGUAUCCCCUGCCCAAACUGAGGUCUUUAUUCCUGGCGGGAGAGCGCUGUGACGUGGAGACGCUGGAGUGGGCCAAGAGGAGCUUCAGGGUCCCCGUACUGGAUCACUGGUGGCAGACUGAGACGGGCUCUCCCAUCACGUCCACGUGUGUCGGCCUGGGGAACUCGCUGACGCCCCCCGCGGGGCAGGCAGGCAAACCCGUCCCGGGAUACAAUGUGUCGGUCAUUGACGAGCACAUGGGACAGGUGAAGCCGGGAACGCUGGGGAAUAUCGUCGUCAGACUGCCGUUGCCCCCCGGUGCUGCCGCCUCCUUGUGGCAGAACUCGCAGCUUUUCAAGGAGAUCUACUUCAGCAGAUUCCCGGGCUUCUACGACACCAUGGAUGCCGGUUAUGUUGACGACGAGGGUUUCCUCUACAUCAUGUCCAGGUCUGAUGAUGUCAUCAACGUGGCCGGCCACAGGUUGUCCGCCGGAGCCUUGGAGGAGUCGGUGUUGCAGCACCCGGCGGUGGCCGACUGCGCCGUGGUGGGCCUGGAGGACGCGCUGAAGGGACACGUCCCCCUGGCCUUGUGUGUGCUGAAAAACGGAGUGAGACAGGGUCGGGAGGAGAUCGCCAAGGAGAUGGUCCAGCUGGUGAGGGACAACGUGGGACCCGUGGCCGCCUUCAGGAACGUGCUGUUCGUCCACGGGCUUCCCAAGACACGUUCCGGAAAGAUCCCGCGCUCCUCGCUGGCCAACCUGGUCAAUGGCAAACCGUAUAAGAUCACGCCCACCAUCGAGGACCCUGACGUCUUCAAGGACGUUGAGACGCUGGUGGAGAAAGCUCUGAGACCCCACGUUGCCUGAACGCAUCACCAAGCGGCUUUAGCAUAUUAGCCUGUCGCGUGUAGGCGUUAGCAUUAUUUUUUUUAAUCAAGCUUUAGUUGAAAUAAUGAAAUAAUCUCACUCUUCAGUCGUUUUCCUUUUUAAUUUCUUUUGCUCACCACGACGUAAUGUAAGUACAAGAAGUCAUAAAUAAAUCCAAAAUAUCUAGACACAAGAUGUCAUGAUUCCAUGUUCGUGCAAAUUGAAGAUCUUUUAAAAAAAAAAACAAAAAAAAGACAGGAAAAGAGGUCGAAGACACCAAAUUGUCACAACAAGCGUUUUCACCUCACGUUGUCGGGUCAAACAAACACUCUACGCACACGAUGAGCGGAAGCGGUCCGUCUUCCUGUUUGUUGUUCCGAGAGGGCGGGACUGGACGAGUAACGCGUUCCCAUUGGUUGUUAGUUUUGUGCUUGUCCUCUCUCCGGAAGAAACAUGGCUCACAGCGACCACUAGAGGGCGACAUCCUCUCAGCACGAUGAAAAAAUAGAAGGGCGAUGUGUUCUGAGAGCAGCAUUAUAUUAUCUAUGGUCCACUAACAUUUCUUUGCACAAUAGACGUGUGUACGUAUAUUUAAAAAAUGUCAUAUUUAUAUUCAUGUACAGAUAACCUACAUCAUCUUUUGUAAAAGAAAGAAAAAAAAAAGACAGUACAUCAUAUGCUUUACGUGUAAAAGGUAGAAAUGGCCGCCAGCCUGCAGGAUUGUGGAGUUUAGCACCGGCGUUCAGAGUGGGGGAGGGGCUGGCAGGUGAGGUUUGGAGAUGGGGGGGGCUUCUUGGCAGUGCGAGUUGUCCCAAUGGCGUGCCCCCAGCUGUCCCCCGCCCCCCACCCACCG